AUGGCGUCCAGAGUUUCACCAUUCGAUUUGUCGAAAUGUGCCCGACCUAAUAUCCUGCAAUUGCAGCCUUAUCGCUGCGCCAGAGAUGACUACAAAGAUGAUGGCACGAACGUCCUUCUGGACGCCAACGAGAAUGCCUACGGCCCGUCUCUAGCAUGGAGCAAGGAGGAUGCCCUGCAAUGCCCCCAGCCCGAGAUUGACUUCCUGGGCCUGAACCGAUACCCCGAUCCUCACCAAAUUGAACUUAAGCAGCUUUUCUGCAACCUCCGCAAUACCCACCACCACACACAAAAGACCCUGAAGCCUGAGAGCCUGUUUGUGGGUGUCGGAUCCGAUGAGGCUAUCGAUGCGAUGCUCCGGUGCUUCUGCGCACCAGGGAAGGAUAAGAUUCUCACCUGCCCACCGACCUACGGGAUGUACAGUGUGAGCGCCCAGAUCAACGACGUUGACAUCGUCAAGGUGCCGCUAGAUGUGGAAAACGGAUUCCAGCUGCAGGUCGACAAGAUCAACGAGACACUAUCCGCUGACCCAUCCAUCAAACUCGUGUAUAUCUGCUCUCCCGGCAACCCGACCGCCAACCUGAUCCGCAAGGACGACAUCCGCAAGGUACUGGAGCACCCCACAUGGAACGGCGUGGUGAUCGUGGAUGAAGCAUACAUCGAUUUCGCCGAGGAGGGCGCCAGUCUGGCCGAGUGGGUCACCGAGUGGCCCAACCUCGCCGUCAUGCAAACUCUCAGCAAGGCAUUCGGUCUUGCAGGUAUUCGUCUAGGCGUUGCGUAUACCAGUCCCGAGAUCGCGCGGUUAUUGAACAGCCUGAAGGCCCCUUACAAUAUCUCCAGCCCGACCAGCGCACUUGCGACCGCCGCCUUGACUGAACCCAAUCUGGCAGUGAUGCACCAGUACCGUGACCAGAUCGUCGCGCAGCGCGACCGUCUGCUCCGUGAGUUGCCGCAGAUUUCCGGGGUUGGCCGGUUCCUGGGUGGCACAGACUCGAAUUUCUUGUUGGUGGAGAUUUUGGAUGCGGCCGGGAAACCGAGCAACGUGACUGCGCUGGCGGCGUAUGAGGCGUUGGCGGAGAAGCGUGGAGUUGUGGUGCGGUUCCGCGGUAAAGAGCAUGGCUGCGAGGGCUGUCUUCGUAUCACCGUUGGUACUGAGAACGAGGUGACCAAGUUCCUGCAGGAGCUGCGGGCUGUUCUGGAUAAUUUACUUGCGGGAUCUGGCGUCCAGUCGCUUCGGGACGAGGCGAAACGGGAGGAUGCGGCGGCUGCGGUGGUUGCGUAA